UAUUAUACAGGAGGAGUAGCCUGUGGUGUCCAGUUGUUGUUAUUAUACAGGAGGAGUAGCCUGUGGUGUCCAGUUGUUGUUAUACAGGAGGAGCAGCCUGUGGUGUCCAGUUGUUGGUAUUAUUCAGGGGGAGGAGCCUGUGAUUUCGGCUGGUUCAUGAACUUAUGGGAAUCACUGACCAGGGCCCUAUGGCUGGGGACAAAGAGACUUACUAGUCGCUCAGUGUUACAUAUCUGACUAUGUUACAUGUCUUCUCUGUGAUGUAUAUUAGAUUGAAUUUAUUUCUAGGAUCCCAAACCGUGAGGAACCAGAGUGUUUAUUAUAUGUUACACGUUCUGUAUUCUCACUGAUCACUGAAGAUGGACACGGAGAAGAUUCAGAAGAUGGAGAGGAUAAUAAAUCUCUCCCUGGAGAUCAUCUACCUGCUGACUGGGGAGGAAUACACAGUAGUGAGGAAGACAUCUGGCGAGUAUGAGACAACCAGCAGUCGCCCCCUUGUGUCAGGAGGACUAAGCAGGACCCAGAGCCCCAUCCCGGUGCCUCCAUUUUACUCACUGAGACAUGAGAGAGACAAUGACCAGGAGAUCCUGGAACUCACCAACAAGAUCAUUCAGCUGCUGACUGGAGAGGAGGGGGAGUAUAUAGAGGAACACAGGGAUUUGUACAAGGACGUGAUGAUGGAGAAUCACCGGCCCCUCACAUCACUGGAUGGGCCCAGUAACAGAGAUCCCCCAGAGAGAUGUCCCCAUCCUCUGUAUUCCCAGGAUUGUACAGAGGAGAAUCACAGGAUCCCACAGGAGGUUGAGAGCGAAGAUCUGAUGGAUAUUAAGGUAGAAGAUACAGAGGGAGAAGAAGAGACGUAUGUGACUGAUAUGAAGGCAGAAGAUAUAGAGGGAGAAGAAGAGACAUAUGUGACUGAUAUAAAGGCAGAAGAUAUAGAGGUCGAAGAAGAGACGAAUGUGACUGAUAUGAAGGCAGAAGAUAUAGAGGGAGAAGAAGAGACAUAUGUGACUGAUAUUAAGGCAGAAGAUAUAGAGGGAGAAGAAGAGACGAAUGUGACUGAUAUGAAGGCAGAAGAUAUAGAGGGAGAAGAAGAGACGUAUGUGACUGAUAUAAAGGCAGAAGAUAUAGAGGGAGAAGAAGAGACGUAUAUGACUGAUAUAAAGGCAGAAGAUACAGAGGGAAAAGAAGAGACGUAUGUGACUGAUAUAAAGAAAGAAGAUAUAGAGGGAGAAGAAGAGACGUAUGUGAGGGGUGAUCAGCAGUGUAAGGAGGAGACAACCCCUACAGAUACCAGCACACCAGAUGGAUGUAGCAGCCGGAAUGUCUCAGAGGAUCCUCUGACUAUAUUUCCAGAUGGUGAAAUAGAAGAAGAGAAUGACACCCAAGAUUCUACGGAAGAAAUCCCUCUUACCCCAGUUAUACAUCCGGAACAUCACCGUGCAGAUAUAUCAUCUGGUUCCUCUGAUCCUGGGGAAUGUUCUCCUGAUAUCUCUGAUGCAUCUGUUACAGCUCUGACAGUAGAUACAGUGUGUCCCUCUAAUAUAGAUGCUGAAUGUUCAACACAGAGCACAGAGCCUGUUAUCCAUCAGCCAGGGAAUAGGCCCCUUCAAUGUUCUCAGUUUGGGGAAUGCUUUAGAUAUGAAUCAUUUUUAUGUAUACAUCAGAGAUAUCACAAAGUUGAGAGGCUGUUUCCAUGUUCUGAGUGUGGAAAAAGUUAUACAGAGAAAUCAAAUCUUGUUAGACACCAGAGAAGUCGCACAGAGAGACCAUUUCCAUGUUCUAAGUGUGGGAAAUGUUUUAGAGAUAAAUCAGUUCUUGUUAAACACCAGAGAUGUCACAGAGAGAGACAAUUUCCAUGUUCUGAGUGUGGGAAAUGUUUUAGACAUAAAUCAGUUCUUGCUAGACAUCAGAGAAGUCACACAGGUGAGAGACCAUUUCCAUGUUCUGAGUGUGGGAAAUGUUUUACAAGGCUAUCAAGUCUUUUUACACAUCAGAGAAGUCACACAGGUGAGAACCCAUUUCCAUGCUCUGAGUGUGGGAAAGGUUUUGGACAGAAAUCACAUCUUGUUAGACAUCAGAGAAGUCACACAGGUGAGAGGCCAUUUCCAUGUUCUGAGUGUGGGAAAUGUUUUGGACAGAAAUCACUUCUUGUUACACAUCAGAGAAGUCACACAGGUGAGAGGCCAUUUCCAUGUCCUGAGUGUGGGAAAUGUUUUGCACUUAAAUCAUAUCUUGUUAGACAUCAGAUAAGUCACACAGGUGAGAAGCCAUUUCCAUGUUCUGAGUGUGGGAAAUGUUUUGGACAGAAAUCACUUCUUGUUACACAUCAGAGAAGUCACACAGGUGAGAGGCCAUUUCCAUGUCCUGAGUGUGGGAAAUGUUUUGCACUUAAAUCAUAUCUUGUUAGACAUCAGAGAAGUCACACAGGUGAGAAGCCAUUUCCAUGUCCUGAGUGUGGGAAAUGUUUUACACAGAAAUCAUCUCUUGUUACACAUCAGAGAAGUCACACAGGUGAGAAGCCAUUUCCAUGUCCUGAGUAAGUGGAAUUACUCAGGAGGUACUUUGUGUGUUUGCAAGUGAGAAUAUUUUAUUAAAAAAUUAAACAGCAUUGUGUGGCUCA